AUCUCCCGCCCCAUCCGCCUUGCUUUUUAAACGGAGGCGGGAGGCUUCGCUUGUUCACUCGGUCCGUUCAGCUGGUGUUUAAACGACUUUUACCUUCACAGGUUUCUACCAACAUGGUGAGGACUAAAGCCGACAGCGUCCCCGGGACCUACAGGAAAGCUGUUGCAGCUGCUGCACCCCGGAAGUCUCUGGGUUCCAGUUCGGCCAAUUCCUCCUCGUCCUGCAGCAGCCAAGCGUCCACACCUGCAAAGGGCAAGUACGCUGGUGGGAACCCGGUGUGUCCCCGUCCCACGCCGACCUGGCAGAAGGGCAUCGGAGACUUCUUCGGUGGUCCGCCAAGGAAGCCUGAGAAGGAGAACCAGAGGCCUCUGGAAGUGGAGGACGACGAAGAGGCAGGCGGCAGCGGGAUGUCCAAGGCCAGCAGAAAGUCCAGACCGCUGCCUGCUGAGGACGAGGACGACGACUGAGGACGAGGAGGAAGCUCUCUGACUGUUGGUCCUGUUUGCUGCGUUUUUAAAUUGUACAUCUGUAUAUAAAUCUGCUGAAUUCAAUUUGUAUAGUUCAUUAAACUGUUUGGUUUUUUUUAUAUAUUCUGACCUUUUUUAAAGUCUGUUUUUACUGUAAUGAUCCAGUGACAUUAAUAAAAUGACAAUGAUCCAGUGAUUUAAACAGUCACGGGGUACUUGCAGUACUUUGAGUACA